UCUCUCCCGCACUCCCGGUGCCAUCGUGAGUCCGUGACCCUCGUCGAGGCAGGGCUUGGCUUAUUUCGGAUAUUUAAGGCCAUGGCGUCCAUUGUGCGCUCCCGACAGGACGGUGGCCAACCUCUCCCAGUCGCAAGCACCACCCAGAAUAUCAAGCCUGCCAUUGCCUCCUUGACUCAACAACACCUGGAUAGUUUUCAUCUCGAAGGCUCGGCUAUCAAGGAAAACACACGCCAGGGCCGUGUCAACAACUGCCCAGGACGCAAAUCUAAGUUUCACCCGUCGGCCGAACCCGGUUGUCAAGUCCUGCCCACAACCCCCAGCGGCAGGCAACCGCUUGCAGACCACUCUAACAAAUCCUCUGGCGCUGGCGCAAACGCUAUUACGCAAAGCGCAAGAUCAGACUUUGAGAGCAAUAAUUGCCUUGCCUUGGCCAGCCUGCAGCUUCCUGGUGCCCAGGAGCAACUGUCAAAGCACCAGGAAGGUCAGUUCGAGUGGCUACUUUCAGUCCCAGUAAAGGCGUCCGGCAAACAGGGCAGGUCUGAGGUCGACUUUGAGGGCGGCUCAGAACUGCGCCAGGGUAGUAAGAAGUUGUACUUCGGAUGCAAUCUUGUCCACUGCAAGACGCAGUCCGGCACCUCGCUCGGUAAGGACAAGAAUCCGGCUAACGUGUAUACGCUGUUAGCAACUGGCGUUGAGGAAGAGUUCGCCAUGGCCGCCGCAGGAGGAAUCGAGGUUGCAAGCCCUUUGCAACCCGCACUGGAUGCCGAGGUUGAUGGCACUGUUGACCGUCUCCUUGCUCCCCAGCCAGCUAGGCCGCUGUCCCGGAUCGAGGAUUCGGUCGAAGAAUUGGAUAAGCUGGAAGAGCAGCUAGAAGCCAUCCAUGAGGUGGCUCAACUCGGCCGAGUGGCACCUCCCAAGACCCCUAAGUCUACUGCACAGGACACCACUGUAAGGGCGACAAGCUCGACGCCUCUGAAGCGAGCGACCUCGGUUAAGGAAGGUGCCAACACGGUUAAGGGCAAGGCAGUUGCACGCAGCUCGUCUGUUCGCAAGCCAACAUCUACAUCUGCAAGCGAGGAGGAUAAGUUGGCGGACACAGGCAUCGGUGAAACGAGUGCGCGCAAGGUCCCGAGACCCGCAAGCCUUCUCCCGCCGAAACCGCCAGCAAGGUCUAGCAAGCCUCCCACCGUACCCACAUUUGAGCUCCCUGGUGAAGCUGUGGCUCGUCGACUGAAGGAGCAGCGCGAAGCCCGCCGGUCGCAGCACAUCUCGCCCGAGCAAGCUGCCACCGUGGCGGCUACCUACUCACCUUCAAAGCCGCACGUAAAGUCCGCCAAACCCCCGACUCGGCCCACCUUUGAGCUGCCUGGUGAGGCCAUAUCUCGGCGGAAGCGGGAGGCACACGAGGCGAAGCUGCGCGCCCAAGAGGAGGAAGAGCGCAAGCGGCGCGAGUUCAAGGCAAGACCCAUCCGGGCCAACCUCGCACCGAGCUCAGCGCCACGCGAGACACUGGCGAGUUUGGCCAGGCAACAGCGGAUGGCGGGCGGCUCGUGCGACUCUACCAGCACCACCACCCCGACUCCUGCAGCCAAGAAGCGGCAAUCUAUGGUCCCCAGCGCCUCGUCGUUGUCCUCCAAGGCAGCAUCAUCAUCGACUCAGCCAGCCCGCGAGCGCGGCCGCGAUAAUCAGCCUCAGAAGCAGGCCAGCAGUCGCGGGACGUCGACGUCGACGAAUAGCAUCAACGGCGGCGGUAGCGAAAGUGUGAGCAGCAGCAAGCGCAGUACGGUCAGCGCCGAGGACGUGCAGCAGCAGAAGCUCAAAGGCAAGGAAAUUUUUGCCAAAGAUAACUCUUACACCGCAGAACGGGAGCGGGAGCGCCGUGAUAGGGAGGAGGCAGCGAAGCUGGCCAGACAGGAGGCGGCGGAGAGGUCGAGGCAGCUAAGCCGCGAGUGGGCCGAGAAGCAGAGGGCUAGAAAGGAGAGGGAGCGGGCGCGGGAAAAGCCGGCUGUUGCUUUGGCUGCGUGAGUUGCGAGUAUCCGGUUGUAUGGUUCCGGUGAUGUGCGAGGCAGUGGUGGAGUCUCGUUUGUCGAGCGUAUUGCAUUGCGGGUCGCGUUCUGGGAGUUUGUUCUAGGGUUGGCGGUGUAUUUGGUUUGUCUGCGCAUUGCUAUGUGAGUGGAAGAAGGCGGUUGCUGCAUUCCAGGAGGGCACAACGGCCAAGGUGUUUACGGAUGCCGUUCUUUAUUGGGGUUGGCUGGCAGGAGUUUUCAGAGUAUUGAUACCCUGCCUGGUUUGGAGUCGAGAAUAUGGCUAUUACCUGCUAGGGCUGACGAGGUGUGAGAGACGAGC